AUGGCGUGCCUCUGGUUGCGGAAGUGCGCGGGGCUCCACGAGCAAGUCGCUGCUGCUCAGCGGGCAGAAGAUGGAGGGUGCAAACGGGCAGACCGUGCACUCCGGACGCCUGUGGGCUUGCUUGGAGACUGGCGUUUUGAAGCAUGGGCGAGGGCUCAAGGCGGGAACCGAGGCAAGGUGGUCCGGGGUGGCGGUGGGCGUUGCCUUCCGGCGGGUGGGCGGACCAAAAGAUCCGCUUGUCAGGAGUGGGAUUCGAACCCACGCCUCCAGGGGAGACUGCGACCUGAACGCAGCGCCUUAGACCGCUCGGCCACCCUGACGGCGCGCCGUGGCCCGUCGCCGUUCGCGUGCCUGGGAGCCCUUGGCCGGUGCGUUCCGUGCGCAACCCACGGAUCGCGCGGGCGGAGCAGGCACCGAGUGAACUCAACCGGCUGGCUCUGGCGCGGACGCCCUGGCGUCCCCACCCCGGACCCAAACCAUCUGAGGGGUGCAGGCCGCCCCUGCACGCCCCCGCCCCCGCGCCUCCGCCGGCGGGACCCCCGCAGGGCACGCGCCCACCAGGUCCUAGGAGCAGCCGCCUGGCUGUUUCGCCGGCGCCUCUUCCUCCCGGCGCGAUCCCUGCGUUGGAGACAGCAGACAGGGCGCACGGAGAGGUUUCACGCCACUCGGACCCGGAGCUGUCGGGGUCCCGCUCCGGAUCCGGGUGGGAUCGCAGGGUGCUGUGUUGGGUGUCGGGUUAGGUCGCGCCACCGGUGGCGGGUGGCGGGUGACAGGUCGCGGGCAGGCACGUGCCGGGCCCUUGCGGUCGGUCGGCGGAGGGGAUCAAGGCAGGGCUCGGUGUCCGCGGUCGGAGUGGGGUCUGGCGUCCCGUUGACCGUCGCCGUCGUCCUCGUUAGUAUAGUGGUGAGUAUCCCCGCCUGUCACGCGGGAGACCGGGGUUCGAUUCCCCGACGGGGAGGCAGCAAUCCUUUUUGGGCCCCGCCUCGGACUCAGCCUGUGUGCCCAACCUAUCCUCCUUCCGCCCCCCAGCUGGCCGCAAGGCGCCAUCUCGGGCCUGGACUGCCUGGUCCCUUGGUCCCUGUGGCCUCCUUGGCCCCCUUGGCCUCCUGCACCUCCUGCCUUUUCUUGUCCCCGGCCGCUUGGUCGCCACAGCUUGGCGGCCUCCUCUCGCCCCCACGGCGCCCAACGAGCCGCCGGCCCAAAGUGGCUGUCGGAAGAGGCUCCCUGCCUCGGGCCCAGGGCCCGGUGGGAGACGGAGAAGUGAGGACCCUGUGGGCCCUCAGCGGCUGUGGCCCCGCCCGGCACCUGGUUUACGGCUCUGGCGGCCCCGGCCGGCGAGGGAGAGAGAGCGCCCCCAGAGGCAGGCAGGCAGGCAGCCGGUCCGACCGGAGCCGCCACGCUCCGGUGGGGCGCGGGGCAGCCUUAGGCGGCGCCGUCGCAGCGCGCAGGGCGGCGGCGGCCGGGCUGUCGGUCGGACGGACGGACGGACUGACAGAGGGACGCAGCGGCCAGCCGGGCUGCGCCGGGCUUAGGCGGCGCGCUCGCUCGCGGGAGCCCCGGGCUGACAGUGCUGUUGGUGGUAUAGUGGAGAGCAUAGCUGCCUUCCAAGCAGUUUACCCGGGUUCGAUUCCCGGCCAAUGCAGUGGCCCACCUUUUGCUAGGGUCUCAAGCGCCCGAGCCCGUCGUGUCCGGUCUUGGCCUCUGGCUGCACGCCUGUGCGCCCCGGUGGGAGAAGGAGGAGGUGGCGGUGUUUGGAAGGUGGACUGCGAUCGGGACCAGAGCUGCUGGGGCAGGCUCUCUUCCAGGUUUGAGACCCUCUAGCUGGACAAGAUUCCCGGGCUCGCGUUCAGUUCUCAACACGAGACCACUGGCUAUGGCGCCGGGCAGGCGGAGCUGUGACUAUCACUCUCUCGGCCGGAUUCUGAUUUUCUUCGUGCGGACCGGACAUCGAUGGGAUUCCUGUGAUAUGUGGGAACACGUGUAGAUUGCAGAGUGAUGGACUGCGGGGAUGUAGGGCAUCCGUCCCGUCGAUAUCUGUCAGCUCUCCCUCUUGGGAACAUCACAGGCGCUGUCUUCCAGCUCUUUGGAAACACACACUCAUACACACAUCACUGUUACCUAUAGUCGCCCUACUCUGCGAUGGAACAUUGGAACGUAUUCCUUCCAUCGAACCGCAGGCUCGUACUUCUUUCCUCCAACCUCUCCUCACCCGGGUCUUCCACACGCCCUCUCCAGCCUCUGGUUCCUACCGUUCUGCGCUCUACCUCCACCAGGUGGACUUUUUGAGCUCCCACGAUAGGAGUAAGGACCUGCCCUCUCUGUCUUUCUCUUCCCGGCUCACUUGACAUUGCAUCACUGACCUCCAGCUCCAUCCGUGUUGCUGCAAAGGAGAGGAUUCGUUCCGUUUGAAGGCCAAGUAGUAUUCCCUGCUGUUUAUAUGCCACGUCUUUAAUCCAUUUGCCAGCCGAUGGAGUCUUAGGUUGAUGCGAUGUUUCUGCAAUUGUGAACAGUGGUGCAUUAAACAUGGGGGUGGGGGUAUCCCUCUGAUAUUCAGAUUCCCUUAUGCUUUGGAUGAAUACCCAUCGCAUCCGUGGGAUUGCCAGAGGCAGUGGUAGCUCUACCUGUAGUUAUGUGUGUGGGAGGGGGUGGAGGAGACUAAGGGUCGGGUUGAGGUGCAGUUUCCUUUGUUUGUUACUUUGUUGUGUUUGGUUUGGAGAAAUCUCCAUGCUGCUUUUCAGGGUGGCCUGUGAGGGUCGCCCCUGCGAGAGGCUAACAACUUGGCCUCCGCCAUUAAGUGAGCUUGAUUCCUUACACACUCUCCCUGGCUGGAGGCUGUCCAGCUAUGGGGAAGAAAAAUUGGGAGAAGAAUGACUAAACAGAACACUAUUUUCAGCCUUCUUGGUUGAUGAGAUAAAGGCUGGGUGAAGUUGAAGUGAUUCAACUGGGUAUUGUGUUCCCCUUUCUGGCUUCUAAUUUUAACAUGUUCUAUGACUUUGUUUACCAGGCAUUGUUUCAGCCUGGUGACCUCCCCUGCGGCCCUUGUCUUUUGCAGAUGCAUGGUUUACUGCUGAGCUUGUGACUUCUAGAUAAUUGAAGAUUGUUAUCCGAGUAACUGGUUGUUCUGAUAAUAUUGAUAAUCAGCAUCACCUACUUCCCCCUUGACCUUUUAAAUCAGUAUCUGUCCCUUUUACUAGUUCCCCAGAAUUGCUUUCUGUUUCUUUUGUUAUUUAAGGAAUGCUUUGAUCUGACUUAACAUUAAGUAGAAAAGUAUAUAAUGGAACCUACUGCACAAAUAAAAUUGCUGUUUUGGGCAUAGCCUAAUCAGUCCUCCAGACCCCUCUCUCUGUCUUCUUUUUUUCCACGCAUGGUCUCUUCCAGGUUUCGGACCCUCUCGCUGGACCUGGGCUCGUGUUCAGUUCACAACAGUGGCCGGCCUUAUUCACCUUUCCACCAACGGUGCCUAAUUCUUCGGUUUGGUCCGCCUGCUCUUCGGGAUGGGUUAUUUUCCCUGUGGGUUUAAUGACAGUCAUCCUAAGCGGGGUUGAUGACAGCUCCUCCUGGUUUCCAUUGGCAUUUCCCUGACAAUUGGCGAGGCUGAGGAUUUUCUCUUCAUACGCCCGUUGGUGGGCCAUUCCUAUGUGUUCUCUGCCCACUUUCCAAUGGGAUCAGAUGGCGUACGCAUGGCCUGGUGGAUGCCUAUUGGUGUGUGUUUUGGGGGGGCUGGGUGCGUGUAUGUAUGCAUGUUCCCCCUCACUGUUGACAUGUUUGAGUUUCUUGCCUAUUCUGGAUGUGACGAUGAAGCUUGAGAGGUUCCGCUAGUUAGACCAACCUGGCCACGGGCGUUGAAGCGUGGAGAUGCUGGAGCUGGUGGGAAAAACCCAGCAACCAAGGUGACCAAAGCACAUGUGGAAAGUUGGGGUUCAGGAUAGACUGGUAGUGGACAUUGGUUUCCCAUUUCUUCACCUUCGCUCUCUAACUUCUCCCCAGCUGGCAAGGAAAACAUGGAGAUGGCGCAUAUCCCCAGCGCCUAGAUUUGCUGUGGAAUUUCUUCCCAUCCCCUCCUUAGCACAGAUCAGCCCAGUUGUCCCAGCCUCUGUCCAGCCCAUUAUCGACCUUAGAGCUUGGCCGAUCCCCCAAGUCAAUGGCAGAGCUCAGUUGAAUCCCUGCCGAAACUUUCCUUUGGGGCAAAGUAGAGGUCUCCGGGACCGCCGAAGCCUGUCCCUUGACAUUCGGGGGAUCUUGGCAAAGUCGGAUUGCCUGCCGAGACCAGACCCUAUCGGGGUGAGAGAGGCUUGGCAUCCUCACGGGAGCCUGGCUUGCUUGCCAGCGAGAUGUGGGUGUGUGUCAGUGCGUGAUAGUGAUGGACAAAGGUGUGUGUUCCCGUGGCUGGCAACCACCCCAGCACGGGACUAGGGUCUGACACCAAGGAAAGCACAGAAGCAUGUCGACCAGGGACUGGGAAGCAGGAGAAGAAGUCCAGGGUGUCCAGGUGGUACACAGGCCAAGGUCUGAGAACGAAGCGGUCCAGUCAGAAGGAGGUUGUGCCAAUGCCUGGGGCGUUGAGGGACAUUGCGGGUGGCAUGUGCCGUCUGAGGGAUCCCAGGUGGUGGCAGUGCUGGUGUGUGUCUGAAGAGCCUGAAGGAAAUCAAGACUGGGGGAUGUGAGUCGUGUGAGAAAGAGGCACUGGUAGCCAGAGGGAAAGUUGGCUGUGCUGCUG